AUGCCUUUUAUGGUGUUACUGUGCCGUGUGUUGUUUUUAUUGGCUUUACUUAUGAGCUUUGCUACUGUGUUUACUAUGGCACAAGAGGUGGGAUCUCGUUUGGAGGUACAGGAAUCUACUUUACUCAAGGGUGAAGAGUCUCCUUGUGUUGGUGAUUCUGUUGGUUCUUCCGGUACUACUUGUUCUUCUGUUCGUACUGCUCCUCCUCCUCCUGGUCUUGCUAAAGCACAAGCAGAACCUCUUGUUAAAGGAGAACCACCUGGUGGUGUUGUUCCUGAUCCACAACGUGAUCUCAGUGAAGGAGAUAAACAACUUGGUGGUAUAGGUCCUAGUGUUGGUGUUACUCCGGCUUUGGCUGGUCCUCCUGGUUCUCAUGGUCCUUCUACCGUUUCUCUUCCAGAACCUCAAGGUGGUGGAGGGAAUAACGGUCUAGGUGUUCACGGCCAACCAUCCACUGUAGAUCAGAAUGCUCUUAGCAGAGAUAGUCAAACACUGAAAGAUUCUUCUGGGGAUCUUUUACAUAAAGAGAAAGAAACAAGUAAAGAAGAAGAGAUAUCUAACCAGGAUCCAGAGAGAAAAGAAGAGCCUCAUAAAUCCGCAGAAAAUCAACCUGGUCAUCACGACCCUGUAGAAACUCCAAAAGAACAAGAUAGUAAACAUUCUCUUCCACCUGCACAAGCUCCUGCUCUUCCUGGUCCUCCUUCUUCUCCUACGGCUGAGGAGCGUGUUGAUGUACCUUCAGCUGAAGGUGAACGUGGCGAUAUCGGCAACAUUGCAGGAGUUGAAAGUGAAACAGCAACACAACCUUCUGCUGACUCUCCCAACACUUCAGCCACAGGGAGUUCCGGUGUUUCUGACGCUGCAGCGAAUGAGAAUAAUACUUCAUCUGCAGAGAGUGAAUCAACAAACAACCAAGCAGAUAAUACAGAUACCACCACCACCACCACCACCACAACAACAACAACAACCACACUUCCUCCUGAACUCACAAACAACAACAAGAAGGGUGAUGCAGACAGCAGCAGCAGCAGUAUGAGUUCUGUGUGGGUACGUGUACCACUACUGAUUGUGGUUACACUGUCCUGUAUUCUUGUGUGCUGA